UGUAAAUAUGAGCAUGAUUUUAUCUAAAUAAGCUGAUUUUUACUAAACUAUAGUCAUCUGCUUUUUGUAUAAAUAAAAUCCAUUAUUUAUGAAUUAUAUUUCAUUUGAGAAAUAAUAAUUUGUUACUUUAUUUUUCAGAUAUCAGAAUCUAACUGGUUGCAUCCACAAUAAUAAUUUUACCAUUUUAUUUUAAUUUCAGAUUGCUGUGCAAAAGACGUGUUGAAGCAUCAGCAGCUACGUUUAUAAAAAAUAUAUAUUUUAAUAUAUAAAUUAUUUAUUUUUAGCUAUUUAAAUUUUUUUAAUUUUUCGUUUAGAUUGUAUAUAUCGGAGUCAUUGGAUAAUGAAGGUCUUCAACAUGUUGGAUGAAAGGGCAAGGGACAGUCUGACAAAGCAUCCUUAGAAAUGUCUCGAUUCAGACGAGCGGAAACUUAUAAUACUCUCAACAAAUUGCAAUUUAAUCUAACUGAGGAUGAGGAAAAUUACGAAUGUUUGCAAGCGCCAGAUGAGAUAAUUGUUUUAGACACUACUGCUGCAUCAAGCCAGUCACAAGACAUAACGCUACAAGCGCCACUAUCGAAUUCCGAAAAUUUGGUUACACAUGAUGUCAAUGUGUUAUUCUCGAGCGGCUCCAUGGAUAUAAGUAAUUUAUGCAACUGGCCGCUAGAAGCUACACAUAGUCAAAGUCUAUAUAUAAGUCGGAAAAACGCAAUCAAAUUUUGCAAAGUUGUAAUGAAACUGAAUUUUUUUGAACCAGUAUAAAUGAUUUGCAACUGUUAAU